AUGCGAUUAUCGCUCAGCUUCAACAUGUCCACAGUUGUUUCUGAAGAUGUUCUUUUGGCAACCCCACAGCCCACGGUGCCCGAGCCACCAAACACGCCACCGCAACCUGCAUGCAAUGCUUCAGAAACCUCAUCAUCCACAGACUCAUGCACACCCAAGCCAACCAGUAUCAAAACCCUGUCUUUCACUGGGUUCGAUGCUAUAAACUAUAGUUCCGUGAUCUUGCUCGCAAUAAUCGGCCUUGCAUAUUCUGUCAAAUCCUACUGGGCAACCACGAAGUCAAACCGACUAGCCGAGGAGUCGAACAAGCUGACCGAAGAGUCCAACACGCUUUCGAAAAUGGAAUCUUGUAGGGUACAUCCGCACGACAAAGCUCUCUUCAACGACCCUCUAUGUACGGAAAUGAGGCAACGACUCGAUUAUGACCAAGAUCCUACAAUGGGGAGGGUUGUGCGGUGGGUCAAGAGGACAUUUGGUGGGACUAAUUUCAAGGGGCGGGGGAGGCGGCUUCAGGAUGGCUACAGUGCUCUAGUAUAG